AUGGCAAUUCUAUCAAAUUUUCAAAAUUAUUUUGAAACUUCUGAUAUCAUAAAUCUAUCCAUUAUACUCAUCAUUUUAUAUAUCUCACGUUUUUAUUACAAUUAUUUUGCGCGCAACAAUCCUUUACCUGGUCCAUUUCCUCUCCCACUUAUCGGUAAUGCUCACUUAUUUAAAAGGAAUGAAUAUGGCGAUUGGAUCGUAAAGCAACAUCAAAAAUAUGGCUCAUUAUUUGAAACUUAUAUAUUCUCUCAUAGGAUAAUUUACGUUUCAACCUUAGAUAUGAUAGAGCCAAUGAUCAAUUCAUCUACGUUGAAGACCUCAAAAUUCAGGUUACGAUAUGAGAAACUUGAUAAUUUGGAAGAAUUUGGUACAUCCGGUAAAGGGGUCGUAUUUAAUUAUGACUUAAAAUCAUGGAAAUAUAAUAAGCAAUUUUUUAUUCAAUCUAUCACAUCUCAUGGAUUUUUAAGAGAAACUGUUAAAGAAACGAACAAGUUAUUUAAAGAAUUAGAAAGUUGUUGGAAUUUGAUUGGUAAAGAAGGAUUAACGAGCGAUUUCACUUAUUGGACACAUAGUUUCACCUCGGAUUUAAUCUUAUUUAUCACGACGGGAAGAAAAGGAUAUUGUAUGGAAGCAAAAUUUAAUGAAUAUUAUAAAAAAUUCCAUCAGAAUCUUGACAAGAAUGGAAAUGAUGACUCACAUGAAGAAAAGAUUAAAAAAUGUUUGGAUUUAUUUCAUGACAUUGAAUCUUUAUUAGCAGGAUAUUCGUAUUUUGUCAUGUUCCCUUCAUUUGUUAGGAAUUACUUUCCAAUUAUGAAAAGUAAAACCAAAUCUAUUUUAGAUUGUAGGGAUAGAGUUUUUAAUGGGAUUUUACAAAUAAUAAACGAAAGAAGAGAAGAAAUUGAACAAACUCCUUUAGGUCAACCCCUUAGAAAUGAUAUGUUGACAUCUUUUAUUACGGCAAAUACAUCAAGGGAUAUUAGUGAUAUUCGACAAGUUGAAGAGGAAUUUAUGCGUCCCAUGAUCAAUGAUGAAAUUCAAGUUAAUCUGUUAGAAGCCAUAACCGCAGGACUUGAUACCAUGGCAAACACAAUCGCGUUCACGGUUUAUUACAUAUGUCAAUAUCCCGAAGUGAAAAAACGUCUUUAUCAAGAACUUGAAGAUGUGUUUAAGGAUAAUCCAUCGCGAGACAUCAAUUAUGAUGACCUUUCAAAUCUAAAAUACGUCGAAGCGGUUAUAAAGGAAGUAGCAAGAGUCCGACCAACAGUUUCGUUAGUUGAUCGAUUUAAUGAUGGUGGAACCGUGCAAAUCGGAGGGUAUAGUUGGCCUCCAUUUACACAUUUUAAUAUUAAUAUUUUAGCCAUUAAUAAUAGUUCAAAAGUAUGGGACGAACCGGAUAAAUUUAAUCCUGAUCGAUUUCUCGUCUCAAAUGAAGAACAACAAUUUCAAAAUCAUUUCUUGAUGUUUGGUGCUGGACUUAGAAGUUGUCCGGGUCGAAAGAUGGCGAUGAUAAAAUCCAAAUGUUUCAUUGCUUUGACUUUUAGAAAUUAUGAUAUUGAAUUGAUUGACAGAAAUGCUCCUUUAAAGUAUUUCUAUUCUACAAUUAAUAGGCCUUAUGAUUUAUUUGUUAAAAUUGUUCCAAGAAACUUUAAUAAAUGA